UGAGUCCAUCUUCAAGUCAGUCAGUCCAAGACUCCCGUCCAGGGUGGGUGACGUUGGUACGUAGUUACGUACGUGUGUGUGCGUGUGUGGGACGUGUCGCCCAGAAUAAUACAUAUACAAUUUUCGCAAGAGAAAAAGAUGCCAAGAGAUAAUAUAUGCUGUAAUGAUCCUGGGCAAAGAUGAACAUAGCGAGAUUGCAGUGAGUGGAGUGUGAACUUGAGGAUGGUGAAGGUAGGGUCACCCCAGCAUGCGCAGAGCACAGUUCCUGGCCUCGUCUGCUGUCAUCUUCUCUUUCAUAAUCUUCGUUCUUUAUGGCAAUCACAUCCUUGUUAAUGUCUCAAAUAGGAGACUAAUGCCCAACACAAUACUAUUCUUAGAAGCCCAAGGUCAACCUCAAACUGAUGACAUAGGAAUUUUGAACGGAGUUGGAAGAGAGUUUCUUCCCAGCUUCAAGAAUCCUUGUUGGUAUGAAGAAAGAAAAAAUAACCAUGAACUGGGGAAGGUUGCAGCUUAUUAUAUUUCCACAACCAAACCAUUACUACUCUCAAAGUGUCAUUAUAAAAGGCAGUCAGAUAUGAUAUUGCGCUGUCUUCCAUACUUUUUUUUAAUUGGUCAGCCUAAGUGUGCUACAACAGAUGUCUUCCGGCGAAUUAACCUGCAUCCAGAUGUUGUGGAACCCAUAGUGAAGGGACCACACUGGUGGACAAGGAAAAGAUAUGGGCCACCUUAUGCUUCCCGACCAGUUACAUUCUCAGAAUAUCUGGAUGUCUUUAAUGCUCCUAAAAUAGAAGAGAACACAAGGUGUGAUAAAACUCUGCACAGGUGGUCGAAUGAAAAGAUUACCGGGGAUGGGAGCACUUCCACCCUCUGGGAUAGCAGCCCUACUAUGAGUUACCUAUACAAAAUAAUGUCUAGCGAUACACAGUCCAUUAGUGGGAAAUUAUUCUCAAGAUGGCAUAUAUCACAUUCAGUAUUUGAAAAAACUUCUGGCUAUGUGGGGAUGAACACAAGACAUGAUCCCAAAUCAAAAAAUGUUAUACAAAAUCUGCAGGAAGUUAAGUAUCUUCAAUAUUAUCAAUAUAAAGAUGAAGUAGUGCUCCCUUUCACAGUGGCUAAUGUCAUACACUCAGUUCUUCCAAACUCUCGAAUCAUUGCAGUGAUUCGGGAACCAGUUUCAAGGCUGUAUUCAAGUUAUCUUUUCUUCACCAAGAAAACAAGCUUAUCUCCAGAAACCUUUGACAGGAAUGUUAAAGACUCCAUACAGAAAUGGCAAGACUGUACCAGACAGUAUUCUGACAGGACCUGUGCAUAUAACAAGACUUUGCAAAAUAGCUUGGGGGUACGUUUGCAUAAUGGUUUAUAUAGCCUAUUUCUUCGUGACUGGUUGAAGGUAUUCCACAAAGACCAGAUUUUGGUACUGAGAAUGGAAGAUUAUCACCAGAAUGUAGCAGAAACUAUCAUUUCUAUCUAUCGCCACCUCGGUUUAAGGGCAUUAACUGAGGAAGAAGAGAAGGUGGUGAACAUGGCUCCAGUUCUCAACAAGAAUUGGAAGAAGCCCACAAUUGGAAAGAUGCUGGAAUCAACUGAAAAAAUUCUCAAAGAAUUUUACAAACCAUACAACAGAGAUUUGGCUGAUCUUUUAAAAGAUUCAAGAUAUGAAUGGGAAGAUAUUUAUUUAAAGAGUGAAGAACUGAAUGCUAGCCAUCUUACAGCAUCUUCGUAUGCCUAGGGCACAGUGCCCAUGUUUCCUGGAUGAGAACUUGUGCUGACUGCAUUUUCAGAAGGAAUAUUUAAGACUUGUAUUUUCAAAAUUUUAAAUAUAAAACUUAUCUGAAACUUUGUCAGUGUGAAUGCUAUAAAGUUCAUAUCUAAUACAGAAAAAUUAUAAUGUAGCAACUAGUGUGCUGAAUAAGAGCAACUUAGUCUCUACGGAAAUAGGUACCCACAUUUUCACACUGAAAUCAAAUUUUUUUUUUAAACUUUCAUAACUUAAAAAUGUAGAAAAUUUAUUUGUUCCUAUUUAUUAUGAAAUAAUAGUCUGUUGAAAUUCAGAAUUCUUGUUUCAAUAAGUGAUUUAUUUUCUGUUUAAGAGUGUGAUUAAAUUUUUUUUGUUCUUCAUAAUAAUGUAUUAUUAUUAUUGCUUUUAUUUACAUAUGGCACCUUUUAUUAAUUUUUAAUAAUGUAAUAUUGUUAUAGAAAAACUGUUAAAUGAAAACAAGUGUGAAAUCUUACAUUUUCCACACCAGUGUUUAAUGCAGGUUCAACAUUAUAUCCAAGAAGGUAAACUGAAUCUUAGUUGUUAUUCCAUGUAUCCAUUCAAUAGUAGAAAAUU